AUGCACCACUCCGAAUCCGCACUGCUUGACUGCAAGGCGCUCCCCAAGAUUGAGCUCCAUGCCCACCUGACUGGCAGUAUCGGCCGCCAAUGCCUCCACGAAAUCUGGCUCACCAAGAGAGCUGCGGGCGAAACCGACCUGCAAGAUCCCCUGAUUGAGAUGCCCGCGGGGAAAUUCGACUACGACCUGAAGACGUUCUUCCCUCUCUUCUCCUCCUACAUCUACAACCUCGUCAACGACGCCGCAGCCCUGCGCUACGCCACCCUCUCGGUCCUUCGAGACUUCGCCGCCGACGGCGUCGUCUAUCUUGAGCUGCGCACCACACCGCGCGCCAUGCCGGCCGCGGGUCUGACCGAGGCCGGGUACGUGCAGACCAUUCUGGACGCCAUUGCCGACUAUGAGCGGACAGAGCAACGAAGCCCCGGGUUGAGGACAAAGUUGAUUCUUUCGAUCGACCGUCGACACAGCCCAUCCCAAGCGGCGCGCGUCCUCGCCCUCGCCAAGCAGUUCCUCGGCCGCGGCGUCGUCGGGCUCGACCUGUGCGGGGACCCGGCGGCGCCGCUCGACCCGGCCCUCCCCGCCGUCCUCGACGAGGCCCGGCGCGUGCCCGGCCUGGGCCUGACGCUGCACUUCGCCGAGGCCCCCUGCUCGGCCGGCGCCGCCGAGCUCGACGCCCUGCUCGCCUGCCGGCCCGACCGGCUCGGCCACGUCAUCUGUGUCAGCGAGCGCGUCCGCCGCGAGAUACUGAGCCGGCCCGGGAUCGGCCUGGAGCUCUGCUUGAGCUGCAAUGUCCACGCCGGCAUGAUAUGUGGCGGGUUCGAGGCCCACCAUUUUCGUGAGUGGUGGAACGUCGACGGCACUGUGGUGGUCUUGAGUACGGACGAUGUAGGCGUCUUCGGGAGCCCUCUUUCCAACGAGUACGCGCUCGUAAUCCAACAUUUCAAGCUCAGCCGCUCCGAAGUGUGCGCCCUGGUCAGAAAGGGGAUCGACGUGAUAUUCGGAGGAGAAGAGGAGAAAAGCCGGCUCAGAGAGAUUCUCUGGAGGGAGUAG